CCUCCCCAAAGGUCAACAGUCUCUGGUCAUCCCCUAUACUGUGUCCUCAGUCUCUGGUCAUCUCUAGUAUGUUCGCAGUCUCUGGUCAUUUUUCCUGUACUGUGUCCGCAGUCUCUGGUCAUCCCAUGUACUAUGUCCGCAGUCUCUGGUCAUCCCCUAUACUGUGUCCUCAGUCUCUGGUCAUCUCUAGUAUGUUCGCAGUCUCUGGUCAUUUCCUGUACUGUGUCCGCAGUCUCUGGUCAUCUCCUGUACCGUGUCCGCAGUCUCUGGUCAUCUCCUGUACUGUGUUCGCAGUCUCUGGUCAUCUCCUGUACUGUGUCCGCAGUCUCUGGUCAUCUCCUGUACUGUGUCCGCAGUCUCUGGUCAUCUCCUGUACUGUGUCUGCAGUCUCUGGUCAUCCCCUGUAGUAUGUCCGCAGUCUCUGGUCAUCACUUGUACCAGGGGUGGACUGACCAUUUGGAAACUCGGGCACUGCCUGAGGGCCCGGGUCCGCCCCUGACCUGU